UAAUGUUUGAGUUUUGAUGGUAUGUAAACAGAAACUGGUUGGACAUGACUCAUAAUAUUGCUAUACUGGUUUUCUAUGGCUCUAGAAGUCAUCUACCUGUCUUAUCUUUUCUCCUUUGUUCUCUUAGCCCUUGUUUUACAAAAAGUAGGAAAGAAGCUCAAGAAAACAGAUUCAACUUAUAACCUCCCUAAAGGGCCUAUAAAGCUACCAAUUAUUGGAAAUUUACACAAUCUGUUAAGUUCUCAACCACAUCAAAAACUAAGAGAUUUGGCUAGAAAAUAUGGACCCUUGAUGCAUCUUCAACUUGGACAGAUUUCCAUGGUUGUAAUUUCAUCAUCUGACUGUGCUAGGGAGGUGAUGAAAACUCAUGACAUUAACUUUGCAAUAAGGCCUCCAUCGCUAGCUUCGGUGAUAAUUUCUUAUAAUUCUACAGGUAUAGCUUCUGCUUCUUGUGGUAAUUAUUGGAGACAGCUAAGAAAAAUUUGCACAUUGGAGCUUUUGAGCCUAAAACGCGUCAACUCUUACCAGCCAAUUAGAGAAGAAGAGCUCUCUAAUCUUGUCAAAUGGAUUGCUUCGAAGGAAGGAUCACCCAUCAACCUCACUCAAGCUGUAAUUUCUAUAAUAUACACCAUUGUUUCAAAAGCUGCCUUUGGCAAGAAGUUCAAAGACCAAGACAAAUUUAUAUCAGCAGUAAAAGAGUUAGUAAAGGUGGCAGCAGGUUUUAACUUAGCAGAUUUCUUUCCUUCUAUUACAUGGCUGCAAUAUUUCACUGGUUUAAGGCGUAACCUUGAGAGGGAGCAUCUACAAAUUGAUCAGAUAAUGGAAAACAUCAUCACCGAGCACAAAGAGGCCAAGUCAAAAGGCAGUUAUGACCAAGCUGAAACAGAUCAAGAUCUGGUAGAUGUUCUCAUAAAAUAUGAAGAUGGCAGCAACAAGGAAUUUUUCUUGACCAAAGACAAUAUCAAGGCCAUAAUCUUGGACAUUUUUGGUGCUGGAGGCGAGACAUCAGCAAGCACCAUAGAUUGGGCAAUGGUAGAGAUGGUAAAGGAUCCAAGAAUAAUGAAGAAAGCACAAGAUGAGGUGAGAGAGGUUUUCAAAAUGAAAGGAAAGGUUGAUGAAAAUUGCAUCAAUGAACUCAAUUAUUUGAAAUUAGUUGUCAAAGAAACCUUAAGGCUACACCCUCCGGCACCUCUUUUGUUACCGAGAGAAUGUAGUCAAGCGUGUGAUAUAAAUGGUUAUCACAUUCCGAUUAAGACUAAAGUGAUAAUCAAUGCUUGGGCAAUUGCAAGAGAUUCAAACUACUGGACUGAACCAGAGAGGUUUUAUCCAGAGAGAUUCAUUGAAAGCGAUAUUGACUAUAAAGGGAGUAACUUCGAGUACAUUCCUUUUGGUGCCGGAAGAAGAAUAUGCCCAGGGAGCAUAUUUGGUUUGAGAAAUAUUGAGCUGGCCCUAGCAAUGUUGUUGUAUCAUUUUGACUGGAAGCUUCCCAGUGGAAUAACAGGUGAAGAAAUGGAUAUGACUGAGGAAUUUGGACUCACGGUGAGGAGAAAAGAUGAUCUUUUAUUGUGCCCUUUUGUUUAUCAUCCUUUGCAAGUUACAUGAGCUUCACUAGAAGAAACUGAAAACUUUGCAAGUGUACCAAUAAUGUUUUUAGCAGAGUGCCGAAAACAUACCUUCUUCCGGUCGAAAUAAGUGGGCUAUGCUUGGCAAUAAGAGUUAAAAUAAAUGAAGAUUGUUCAACUUAACCAUGUUUA